AUGCUUGAUUCAGAAGAUCAAUCUGAUUCUGAUAAAACAAUAUCUUCUAAUAAUUCAGAGAAUACUGAUGAAAUUUCAGAUGAUGAAAGAUUGACUGAAGAAAUAUUACAACAAAUUGAAAAAUCCGAAAAAAUUCAAGAAUUUCUUCGAGAUGAUUUUUUAAGAGAUGUGAUUAAUCACAUUAAUGAUAUAGGGAAAGGAUCAAACCCAUAUGAUGCAGAAAAAAUAUUAGACACAGUAAGACGAAAUAAUCAAAUAUUCAACAAUUUUUCAGAAGAAUUAUUAAAUAUUGCUCUAGGUCCUUCAGAAUCAGAUGAUGAUUAUUAA